AUGUCUGCCGUCGACGCUGUCGCCAACACCAUGGCCGCGACCACCCUUAACGACACUCCCAAGACCAACGGCACCACUGCGGCCUCUCAGCCUACCGAUGCUGCCGCUGCCAGCGCUGACGAGGGCCGCCGCCUCUACAUUGGCAAUCUGGCCUAUGCGACCACUGAGGAGGAGCUCAAGGAGUUCUUCAAGGCCUACAAGAUCGAGAGCACCUCGAUCCCCGUGAACCCUCGCACCAGCCGCCCCGUUGGAUACGCCUUUGUCGACCUCGCCACUGCUCACGAGGCGACUGCCGCGGUCGAGAACCUUUCUGGAAAGGAGAUUCUUGCGCGCAAGGUGUCCGUUCAGUUGGCUCGCAAGCCCGAGCCCGCUGAGGCCAAGGAGGGUGUCACCAGUGGUGGCGAGGGUGCUAGCGGCAAUGAGGGUCGCAAGCGCACUGGUGGCCGUGGCCGCGGCCGUGGUCGUGCUCGUGGUCGCGGUGGUCGGGCUGCCCGUGGACGUACUCAGGAUGGACAGGAGCCAACUGAGACCACCACCAACGCCGCUACCACUGCUCCUGCGGCUACUGCGGACGCCACGACUGUGAAGGAUGCCACCAGCGAGAAGGCACCAUCUGUCACCGAGGGUGCUAAGCCCGGCAAGGCUCGUGCUCCUCGUCCCCAGAAGCAGCGCGGUCCCCCCGAGGAUGGAAUUCCCUCCAAGACCAAGGUCAUGGUCGCCAAUUUGCCUUAUGAUCUGACUGAGGACAAGCUUAAGGAAAUCUUUGCUGCCUAUUCUCCCGUGUCGGCCAAGGUCGCUCUGCGCCCCAUCCCCCGUUUCAUGAUCAAGAAGCUGCAGGCUCGCAACGAGCGCCGCAAGACCCGCGGCUUCGGUUUCGUCAACUUGGCCUCUGAGGAACUCCAGACCAAGGCCGUCAACGAGAUGAACGGAAAGGAGAUUGAUGGCCGCACCAUUGCCGUCAAGGUCGCUAUCGACAGCCCCGGCAAGGAAGAUGACGUGAACGCUGCUGCCGAUCAGUACGAGCAGAACUCGGCUCCGGCCCAGGCUGCCUCCACUGCCGGCCAGGAGGAGAACGUUGCCCCCGCUGAUCCUGCGGCUCCCACUACCGCCGCUUGA